AUGUCGACGUCGACAUCGGCACUUCAGCUUUCCUCAAUUUCUCUCCAGCAGCUGUAUGACCUACUUCAGCCAAUAACAGUCCCCAAUACUUCUCCCAAUGCCAAGUUCACCAAUUGGAGCGGCACUUUCACUUGUUCCCCACUCGCGGUCUUCGAACCAGAGACGGAACUUCAAUGCGAGCUCAUUCUGGAGCUUGCACGACGUGAAGGCAGAGUAGUCCGAGCAGUCGGAGUAGGACAUAGCCCCAGUGACCUCGCCUGUACCACUGGCUACAUGCUACGCACCACCAAGCUCGACAAACUUUUGGAGGUUCAUGCAGAUAAAAGAUAUAUCAUUGCUCAGGCCGGAAUUACACUUGAUGCACUGCAUGCCGAACUCACAAGCCAUGGUCUCGCGAUGAUCAAUGUCGGCUCAAUCUCCGAUCAGACGUUGGGCGGUAUCGUUACGACCGCUACCCACGGAACUGGCAUCAAGUAUGGCGUUAUUUCUACGCAUGUCAUGGGACUGUCGUUGUUGCUGGCGGAUGGAUCUCGUGUGUUCUGUUCUCCCCAAGAGAGGCCCGAUCUUUUCACAGCAUCAAUAUGCGGAUUGGGCAGCACGGGCCUUAUCUUGGCGGUUACCCUUGAGGUGGAGCCCGCGUUUCGCCUCAAAGAGGUUCAACAAACCUUCCAGUUUCAUGAAUGCGUGCGGAGCUUGGAUAGCCUUGUCACUGCCUCCGAACAUGUUCGGUUCUGGUGGUUUCCAGCUGCGGAUACCAUGCGGAUUAGUUCAGCCGAUCGUACCGUAGAGCCAGUUAAACCGGCAGGAAGCUGGCUCUGGCAUUCGUUGAUCGGCUUUCACGUGGUGCAGUUUCUACUUUUUGUGGCAAGAUUCAUUUUGCCACUGAACAUCUUCAUUGGUCGAUUCGCGUCAUGGCUGGUCAGCACCAAAGUUAUUGCGAUUGAUGAUAGCUUCCGUAUCUUUAACAUGGAAUGCAGAUAUCCGCAACAUACUACCGAAUGGGCUAUCCCCUACGAAAAUACGAAAUCCUGUCUUCAUGAUUUACAUGAUUGGCUGAUGCGCGAGUUCUCUGACCCAAAUGGUCUCCGCCCUCAUUUCCCUAUCGAAGUGCGAUUCUCUGACAGUGACGACAUCUGGCUAAGUCCCAGUAACGGACAGAAAACUUGUUGGAUUGGGAUUAUCCAAUAUAAACCUUAUGGUUUCGAGGUCCCGUACAGGUUGCUGUUUGAGCGUUUUGAAGCCAUUUUGUGCCGUCAUGGUGGUCGACCUCAUUGGGCCAAGGCACAUCACCUCCGUCCGGAGACACUUCGCAGAUUGUAUCCUCGAUUCGACGACUUCACCCGCGUACUUGGGUCGGUCGACCCUCGUGGGAUGUUUCGCAAUGAGUAUGUGGAACGCCACAUAUUUGGCAAGACAGGCCCUGAGUACCACAACAGAGUGUUCAAGCGUCAUGCCCCUUCACGAUAA